CGUCAGAGAUUUGAUAUUUUCCGAAAAAUGCAAAUCACGCUGAUUUCGGUAAGUAUUUAACCGGAUCCGUCUAGCUGCGGUCGAUUCCGGUAUAUUUAUGUUGGUGUCGGUAAUGGUUUCAACGUCUGGAUGAUAAGGAUUACUGAGUUGCCCACCUGACCUGAAAGAUGGCGGACCUCGAAGAAGCCACUGAAUUAUUGAAAAAAUGCGAUGUAAAUGAGGUGGCAAAGCUUACUCAUCUUGUGGCAGAAUGGUGGAUACAGAUGGCAGAGGAUACAGGCAAGGCAGUAUGGUGGAUACAGAAUGGUGGAUACAGAAUGGUGGACACAGACGGAAGAGGAUGCAGGCAAGGCAGUAUGGUGAUCUGUUUGGCGGAGUGGGAAAGGGAAGUUCUGCCACUCUGUCCAUUAAAACCAGAUUUCUAUGGGCGGUUUUUAGAUGACGUUUUCAUAGUCUGGACCUACACACUAGACGAAUUUUUGACGUUUUUCAACAUUCUGAACAAUCAUCAUCCAUCUGUCAAAUUAACCGCAAAUGUAAGCCAUAACAGCAUAGAUUUCCUUGAUACUACCGUCUUUAAAAGUAACAACACCAAAAUCACCGGCCAAUUGGAAACUAAAGUAUUUUUCAAAGAAACCGACACACACCAAUUAUUGUUCAAAAGCUCCUUUCAUCCAAAACAUACAUUCUCUGGCAUCAUAAAAUCUCAGAUUCUCCGUUUUCAUAGGAUAUGUACUCAGAAGACCGACUUUGAGUCAGCAUGUACAUUGGUAUUUAGCAAACUAAGGGAAAGGGGAUACUCCAAACGCUAUCUACGACGUAUAAAAAACAACACUCUAGCUGAGGUUGCCGCCAAAGAAACAAAUAAUAUACAAUCAGCACAUAAAACCAAAAUUUGUGGCCAUCCAAGAUGUCAAACAUGCAAAAUCUUAAACAUAUCCGACCAUUUCCAUAACAAAACAUCUGGCACAAAAUUCCCAAUAUUAGACCAACUUUCAUGCAGUAGUUUAAACAUAAUUUAUCUAAUCUCAUGCAGAAAAUGUGACAAGCAAUACGUAGGGGAGACUCAAAAUGCACUUAGGGAAAGAAUUAACGGUCACCGGUCUGACAUAGUCACCAAAAAAGACAAACCUGUCUCAAUUCAUUUCAACUAACCAAAUCAUGACAUUUCUGAUCUCAUUGUCACGCCAAUAGAAAAGACCAAAAGCGACUUUGAAACUUCAGAAGAAAUUAAAACGUUUAGGCUAACAAGAGAAAAAUUCUGGAUUGACAAAUUGAAAACAACAGCCCCCCUAGGUUUGAAUAUUCAUACGGCUAGCGCAAUAGCUCCUUUUGUAGUUCCAUUUAGCGCAACAGCAGCAAGUGCGUCCAAAAUCAUCAGAAAACACUAUACGGAUCUCCAAGAAAAUCACCCGAAAAUAUUCACACAGAAACUUAUAAUUGCAUAUUCUAAAAAUAAAAAUCUGAACGACAUCCUAGUGCACAGUAAAUUAGAUUAAAUAAGACCAGUCUCCACCCUGACCCAAAACAAACCAUAUAUCAAAUCCUAUGCCUAACCGUUAGUAAUUAAAAUCAAUUAGAUAUAAGAAUCCCUAGCCGUAACCCGGUGAUGUGGAACAAACACGAUUUUUUUAGAAAAUCCAAUCCGUUGUAGGAAACACACUAAUGUGGCUCUCUCCCGAGAGCCUCAAAUUUAUUUUCUUUUUUCUUCAGAAACAAUAAUACCAGAAUACCAGAAGCACCACCCAAGGAAGACCAUCAGCGCCACCAACACCAAUAAACAGUGAAAUCGCCUUUGUAUAUAAAUGUAAUGUAUUGUGCCAGGGUAAUGUUUCAUAGAGUGGAAUGAUUGACCUCAACACAAGUAUUAAAAAAAGAAGCAAAACAGGUCUACAUCUCAAAACCUGAUUUCUUCCUGGACUGGCUUUAGUAGAACGAUGAUGCAUAUCAAUUUCAUCCCUGAUCUCUAUGACACCUGUGGUGGAAGUGGAGGGCAAAUCGUAAUCAAUUCGGGUUCCAGCCCCGAGGACCUCUGUAAACUUUGCUUUUUGGUGAUGACUUCAUUUCCAAGCUUGAAAAGGACGCCCUUGUGUUUAUCAUGGCCUCUCAUAUUGGAAGAUAACAUAAAUGGCUUGUGUGUUGAUCGACGGUUGUGCAUAUCUCUUGGUCAGGAAAGUUGUAGGCACCAUCGCCAUUGUAAAUCAUUUGACAGGCCAGAGUGAACAGGGAGACCUAUGAUUGGUCAGCAAUGUAUCAGAUUCCAUACUAGGGGGUGGGGAUGAAAAAACUGAUGUAGUGUUACAUAAUCAGAUUAUUUCAACUUACUUAUCCUGUGGAAAUACAGCUAUAUAGGAGAUAUUUUGAAAUUUAUAAGCGCUGCAUGUUUCAACAUUUUAGAUUUGACCACAAUUUGGCACUUGAAACUAGGUUAACAGAGAAAAACUGUGUGGUUUUCGAUGAAAGUGUUAAGUCUAAUAUUGCAUCAUGAUUACUGUUUUAAAGUAUUUUCGUGUUUGAUUUAUAUUGAAUUCAUCUCAUCUUUUUAAAGAAUGCAUUUAUGUUCAAAAAUAAAAAUGUUCUGUGGAAUUAAAAAUUCAUGUGCUUUUAAAUUAUCGGAUUCCAAACUGGGGGGUGGGGAUGAAAAAGCUGUUGUAGUGUUACAUAAUCAGAUUAUUUCAACUUACUUAUCCUAUGGAAAUACAGCUAUAUAGGAGAUAUUUUAAAAUUGAUAGGCACUGCAUGUUUCAACAUCUUAGAUUUGACCACAAUUUGGCACUUGAAACUAUGUUAACAGAGAAAAACUGUGUGGUUUUCGAUGAAAGUGUUAAAAGUCUAAUAAUGCAUCAUGAUUACUGUUUUAAAGUAUUUUCGUGUUUGAUUUAUAUUGAAUUUAUCUCAUCUUUUUACAGAAUGCAUUUAUGUUCAAAAAUAAAAAUGUUCUGUUUAAUUCAAAAUUCAUGUGCUUUUAAAUUUCUGUCUGAAAUUCCGCAGUUUUCUGAUGUAUUAUAGUGUUUGCAGAAUGCCGCACAGCUCAUCUGAAAAUGCAUAGAUUUUCAUAUUGUUUGGCCAGGGAAUUGCAUAUAUGUUUGUUUAUUAGAUAACAACAGAUUUGUUUAAACUGCAGAAACAUGUGAGGUAUAUAGGACUAAGACUAGUAAUUAUAUGAAUGUAGUGCGAGUUAUAAAUAGACAAUUUUUCCCUUAAUUUUUUUCUCCCCUCUUCCUGCAUUUUUUUGUUGACUUUUUGGUCUAGAAUUGGAGAAAAGGGAUCAAAUUUGCAAUUUCAUAGCGGUUUUGGGUAAUACUGAUGAUAUUACAGCUGAGUGAUAGGGGGUGUAAAGUCUCUUUCUGCAGAGCAAUCAUUGUGUCGGAAGUGAGAUUUUCACCCCAGUCAACCUCAAAUCUGCGUAGCAAAAAAUCUAAAUGGUCAACCCCCUACAAAAUUAUGAUGAGGAGAUUGCCAAAUGUUGUCCCCAUUGUGCCUAUAAAGAUUGGAACCAACGGAAUGUUGAGCAAAAAGCUACAGCCUGUGAUGUUACAGCCAUUUAACAUUGAAGUCAAUGGGCAAAUAAUUGCUAGUCUGAGACCAUAUCGGAUCGUAACUUACUGAAUUAUGGCCCUUGAUUGUAUGAAAAAUCACUUUUUUUUUGAGCUUGUUCUCUGUCCAUCUCUUGCAAAAUGUGGGCGUAUCUUGCAAGGCAACCGCUUGUUUUAAAAUAUUGUUGAAUGUGGGCCAACAAAUAAUUCAUCAGUCGAAAUAGAUUAUAUUAUUUCUUAGUCAAUUAUAUACUUUAAUCCAUUCACUUUAUUUGAAUUGUUCGUUUGUUUGUGAUUUCUGCGUAUUCUGUCUUAUCCAUAUAUUUGUUUUUGUGUAAAUUAUUUGUGGUGCAGCCCCCUGCACUUACUAUUAUAGAUUAGAGGUUUUGAUUUAUAUUCGUAUUCCAAUAUAUCUGAUGUUAAAUUAGACAAA